AUGAGGUGCAUGAAAGUUGUAUGGAAGACGGCCGAUAUUCCCCUCAUUAAUAACAAAGGUGGUUUCAUCUAUGCAGCAGAUUUCGUAGAUAUUUUUCGCGUAGGAAGUUUUCCGGUUAAUAUUCUUGGUAAUAUUCUUGGUAUAUUUUUGUUUGUAUUGAAGGAGGCAAAAAGGGUGAUAAUCAAAGAUUCUCAGGAAAUCAGAUUAUAG